CCGCCUAUUAAAAGGUGGCCGCCGCCGCCGCCCACUCCCACCAGAACGCAGAGGCGAAGGGAAGGGAAGCGUGGUGGAGGCCGCCGGCAAGGGAAUCCGCCGUCUUCGUCCUCGGCCGUGGCAGUUUUCAAGAUGUCGACCGGCACACUUGCAACUUCCUGCUUACUCUUGAGCAAUGGCAGAACUGAUGCCUCACAGAGGGUGGCCAAGAGCCCUUCGUCUGUAGGCUUCUUUGGCCGAAGCAUGCUGCAGGUUCCGGGCCUCAAGUCCUCCAGGAAGCUUGAUGUCUCUGCCAUGGCCGUCUACAAGGUGAAGCUGGUGACCCCGGAAGGGCAGGAGUAUGAGUUUGAGGCGCCCGACGACACCUACAUCCUGGAUGCUGCGGAAACGGCGGGGGUGGAGCUGCCCUACUCGUGCCGCGCGGGAGCGUGCUCCACCUGUGCUGGCAAGAUCGAGACCGGCGAGGUCGACCAGUCAGAUGGGUCGUUCCUUGACGACAACCAGCAGGAGGAAGGCUACGUGCUGACCUGCGUUUCGUACCCCAAGUCUGACUGUGUCAUCCAAACCCACAAGGAAGGCGACCUGUAUUAGGGGGCUUGUGCGUACAUGUCAGGAUCGGUCUUUUGCCCGCUAUGUCUACUACUAGCUUGUAAACUUUGAUGGUUGUGUUUGGUUGUUAGUUCAUUAAGGUUUGUUGGUGCAUUGAGAUUGUUGGGGAACCCAUGGAAAUACCAGCAAGGGGAAUAAGAGGAACAGCCGCCAUGGCAUUAUG